AUGGUCCGCGCGCGGGGCCGGGGCCGAGCGGGGCCGAGCGCGCCGGGAGCUCGGGGCAAGGCGGCAGCCUGCGGCGACGCGGCGGCUCGGGCUCGGGCGCGGGCGCGGGCGGGGGGCAGCGGCGGGGACGCGGCGGCGCUGGCCAGCCCGGCGGAGAGGGGGCGCGUGGGGAGGAGACUGAGCCGGGGAGGGAGCCCCGCGCGCGGUCCUGCGCUCGUGCCGGCGCGGGAGGCCCCCUCUCGGGACACACGCGCAGCCGAGAGGCAGCUCUCUGGGAAAAAGGGUUCGCCCGAAACUUUCAGAGGAGCCGAGGGUCUCUCCGGCCCCCUCCCCAACCUGUGCCCGGAGAGGGGCGCCGCGAGUGCGCUUGGGUGCGCGCGCCCGGCCGCCGGGCUCGCUUCCUCCCGCGGGCCUCCUGGAUUUCCCUCCGCCCCCUUGCGGGGAUCCCCCUGCGCGCCCGGCUCGGGAUCUGGAACAGGACUCCCCGGAGGCUCUUGGCUCACUGAGGAUGUCCUGGCUCCCCCCUCUGGCCCGGGCUCACACUUCACUCGCGAUCGUCCUGGACCAAGCCCAGGGCUGUGGCUGAGGGAAGUUCUGCUCCAGCCGUCACCUGCAGCCCUGCAGAAGGUGCCCCGUGCAGAGAGGACACCUAGUGGUCUCAGGCACACCCACCCUCCUUCCUGGGGUUUCCGGCUUCCUCCCUGGUACCUGGCUUGGGCUGCUGGUUGGGAUGGUGGAUCUAGCCCCAAGGAGGAGGUACGGCUGAAAACAGAAGGGCUUGUUCAAAAGAGGAUCCCUGAAAUCCAGGUGACUUUCUCCAUGGAGUCCGGUCAUAUCAGGAAAUCUAGCUGCAUGCAGAUGGUCAGGGAGGUUUCAGAGCAAAGUGGGGUGUAGCACAGACAAAGACCCCUGAGAAGCCAACCACCCAGAGAAGAAAAAUAGGCACUUCCGGUCCCCAGCCUGACAGCACCUUCGGCCGGUGGGUCCCUCACCCGGCACAGGGAUGGCUCCCCACGCAGGAGGGAAGCACCGCCUCCCUCCAGCAGGCAUGCUUGGGGGGUGGGGGUAGGGUUGGGGGCAGCAGGCUGUCAAGUCCUCUGGCAGCACUGGAGGAGGGAGACAGAACCCCCCGUGGGCUCCUCGUCCCAGGAAAACAGUUAUUUUUGUCCUCCCUGCCCUCUCCCAGUCUCUGGAAGCUCCCCCAGGAAACGGAAUUUUGGAAGGAACGGGAGCUGAAAUAACUCAUGUGCUAUUUAUCUUUCACCAUCAGGAGCCUCAUCAAUCCCGAGGCAGCUUUUGCCUUUUAUUUCUUAAUCUGUUUGCAUUUGAUCUCACAUUUUGUGCAAAGAGCCUCAGGGAGAAAAUUCCAGGCCCUGAUACAUGAGUCUGAGAAUUCGCUUGCUUGGAAAGAGAAGCAACACCCCAAGAUGUGCCAGGGCCUGCACCCUUCCAAGAGCCAUGCACGGCGCCUCCUCGGCCUGGCACCCUGGGCUGGAUGCUGGGGUCACCGUCCAUGCCCCCGGUUGUUACCUCCUAAAAUCAUUCCAAUUUUAGUUCCAUGCAGAGACUUUGGACUGGUUAUGAGGGCACAGAAGUGGUUUGUCUUUCUCAUCGCUCUGCCUCCAUCACCAAGGACCACAUGCACGUGCUGAUGUCAGCCCAGUGAGUGAGGCCCAGACCACCAGGGUCUUCUGUGCCCUCCGGCCUCAUUCCCAGGCUCCAGCCUCCCCUGCCAAGAGCGCCCAGACCUGACAGAGCAGUUUCCACAACAAGGCAGGGUUGUGCCUCUAUAACACCAGACAAAGCCACCAAUGGAGAGGGAGGAGGGGACGGAGGAGAGGAGAAGAUCAGGGGAGCCACUUGCUUGGUGAGGCAACAAGUCAGCCUCCUGGCUGUGGCCGCCUCUCACACAGGGAGACAAAACCCGAGCAAAGAGGACAGACGCUAAGUGUUCAUAGAACACCUCCAAACACAAUAAGGCCGAGUGUCGGUGGAUGGGAGAACAGGGAGAGACUCCUGCAUGGGUGACCCUGGGACAGCCCUCGGGUGUGGCACCCCCUUCAUGUCUGCCUAGACACAAACUCCCAGGCCUCCCAUCCCAGGCCUGGUCUGGUCAACAUCAGUCACUCAGAUGCCAACAAAACCCCAGCUUCACCAAGGGACGCCUGACCACUUAUCCCUUCCCCAUCCUUGUUUGAUGCCCUCAUCAAAAAGCUGGUAAAACUGCUCCUUCAGCCGCUUCCUGAGCUGUCGGCAUUUCAAAGAGCACAAAACGUUCACUCCUAGUUGUGGGUGCAUGUGUCCACACUCCAGGUCAGGAGGUGUGUGAGAGCACCCUCUGAGCAAGGUGGGGCAAACGGGAUUUUUAAUAGUUCAGUUAGACACGGACACACGGACUUAAAAGAAACUACUUGUUUUAUUUUUUUUUAAUUUUUAUUGGAGUAUAGUUGAUUUACAAUGUUGUGUUAGUUUCACGUGUACAGUAAAGUGAAUCAGUUACUUUAUAA